AUGGUCAUUGCUGAUACUUUGUCAAGGGCAGCCUUAUUAGAAGAAGCAUUACCUCAAUUAGAAAAUGAAAUGGAAAUACAUUGCAAUCUCGUGUCGUCAAGCUUGCCAGUCAGUGAUGAAAAACUAGAUCAAAUUCGUAAAGAAACAUUAGUAGAUGAAAUCUUAUUUAAGCUUAAACAAUAUUAUAGGCAAGGGUGGCCAAAGAUAAAAAAUAACAUAGAUCCAUUAGUACUGCCCUAUUUUAAAAUAAAAAAUGAAAUUCACGUCGUCAGUGGAAUUGUUUUUAUGAACAACAGAAUUGUUAUACCAAAGUCAAUGCGUUCAGAAAUUUUGAAUCUUAUACAUGAAGGACAUAUGGGCUCUAAAAAAUGUAUCAGUCUGGCUAAAUCAUUGGUAUAUUGGCCAAAUUUGAAUUCAGAUAUAAAGAACAUAGUCGAUAAUUGUGAAAUAUGUUUAAAGUAUAGAGUUUCAAACGUCAAAGAACCGUUGAUGUCCCAUGAAAUUUUCCCCUUGCCUUGGCACAAAAUCGGAAUUGAUCUUUUUGAAUUUCAAAAGAAAGUUUACAUGCUAGUUGUUGACUAUUACUCUAAAUAUAUUGAAAUCGCUCUUUUAAAUAGUGGUUUUGCUAGCAAAAAACUAAUUUUGGAACUUAAAUCUAUAUUGGCUCGGCACGGCAUUCCGAAAAUAGUGGUAAGUGACAAUGGACCACCUUUUUCGUCGACAGAAUUUAACCACUUUUGCAAAUCUUGGAACAUUGAACAUGUCACAUCUAGUCCUUAUACACCGAGGUCAAAUGGUCUUGCAGAAAGAUCAAUUCAAACUAUAAAACGAUUGUUGAAGAAAACCUUAGAAAGUAAUUCCGAUCCAUAUAUUGCACUUUUAAAUUACAGGGCAACACCGAACUUUACUACAUACUCACCCGCAGAAUUGUUGAUGAAUAGAAAACUAAAAACUAAAAUUCCAACCAAUUUUGAAAAUUUAAUGCCUGUUAGAGUAGAUGAGCAAAAGGUUAAUUUGGCCUUUAAAACUAAUAAUGAAACAAUGAAAAAAUAUUAUAAUCGAACAACAAAACCCUUAAAAGAAUUAGAGAAUGGGGAAAAUAUAUAUUAUCAGAAAAUUCCUAAAUCAAUUUGGUACCCGGGAGUUGUUAGAGAGAAAUGUUCAGAGCCUCGAUCGUAUUUAACUCAGGAUGAAAAUAAUCAGAUUUAUCGACGUAAUAGGCAGCAAAUUAGAAAGGUUCCCUCGCCACCGAACAAACCAAUUGUUGAAACUUUGUUGGAUCCACAAAGUAGUCCAUCAAGUGAUGGUUCAGUUUUGAGUCCUGAAUGUGAUAACGAAGAUCAUAUUUUAGCUUCAAAAAAUAAUAAACCAAUGACAUCUAGAUCUGGAAGACCACUCAGGCCACCAGAUCGAUUAACAUAUUAUAACUAA